AUGCGGUGGCGGCGAGAAGACUUAAAUACAACCAUGUCUUUAAAAACACUGAUCGUUUUUACGAUACUCACUUUAAGUUCCCUCCAAACAUGCCUCGGGGUCCGAAGAGCAGCCCAAAGGAGAAAGGACCUAGUCCGGGACUUGUUCGUGCCCCCACCGAGCGCGGAGUCCCUGACGGCGAUCGCCCAAGCGAUGGGCGCCGCUGGCUUCGAGGACUACACCGAGGGCAAGAGGACCCUGGUCAAGCGACUCAUACCCCCCAGCAACCAACCGGAUCUGGACAUCGUCGAACAUUUAGGUGUAAUCGGCAAGGCGAACGUGGACUUCCCAGCGCUGCCCAACAUCCCCAGCACAGGGUUCAACUGCAAGAACGUGCCCACUGGAUACUACGCGGACCUGGAGACUGAUUGCCAGGUAUUCCACAUCUGCGACACGUCGCGCAAGAUAUCGUUCCUGUGUCCAAACGGCACCAUCUUCAGCCAGUCGCACCUAAUCUGUGACUGGUGGUUCAAGGUGGACUGUGCUUCUGCUCCGGCUCUCUACGAGUCCAGUGUGGAGUACUACUCCAACGAGCAGAAGAAGGCACAGAGAACCAGCAACUUGAGCAAGAACCCUGAUCGCCAACAGAUCGGUAUUGACUCUAAUGUACGUGCAGAAUCCAAAAGAACACCCGUCACGGUACCCAGCACAACAGAAAGAUUUCUAAGACAUCGACAGAAGCUACAAAGUGAUACCCCUCCACCCAAUGCACAAGCCACUGCGAGGAGUUAUCAAACACUAUUCGAUAUAAGUCCUACACAAAGAACCGCGGCAACAGCAUUUGAGAAAAGGAGGAAGAAUCUCGUUCAGCUCAUCGCUAAUAAUUUUGGAAAUCCACCUUCAAGGACUACCGUUCCGGUUAGCGAUAGCUCCACGCAUAAAAGCAUUAUCCCGGCAUAUGAUCACAACAGUCUCAAAGAAAUGCAGGUAGCUGCAGAAACGGCCUCCUUUGCCCAAAACCAAAAUAGGCAGUACUUACAGUAUAACAGUAACAAUAAAAACUUCAGACCCUACCCAGUUUAUACACCAAACCUUACGGCUAGUCCACCUAAAACAAAAAGCAGUCCAACAUUGACAACUCUCUACGAUAUCCAAGCGAAACACGUUCCCCAAUACGUCGAGGAAGCUACAACAAAACGACAAACCCUAGUACCAUACACGAAAAGCUAUGUUAGCACAGUAAAUGAGAGACGCGAACCUUAUACAAGACCAGGGGUAUCUCUGCUAAGAGAUUUCCUGGAAAAAGAGAAAAACAAGUCAAUAUCUGCUACUACAGAAAAGUUCGAAGAUACAGCUCGAAGUGACAAAGUUGAAAGCAAGUUAAAGUCGGAAAACAAAAUAGCUGCCGAAACUAACGAUAGUUUUGAAUCUGUCACCAAAAUUCCACAAACAACUAGAGACGAGAAGAUAUCAACAUACACCAUUGUAGAUGUAUACGCAAACUCCAAUCCAACAACCCAAGUGACUACGGAACAAACUUAUCAAGAGCGUCGAGACCGAUUAUUGAGGAAACUCUCUGCAGAUAUAACGGAUACAAAUGAACCUACGACAGACACUACACUCACUGAAAAAUAUUAUGGCGAUCAAACUAACAGACCUGGAUUGGUUGUACCACCAUCGCUAACACCAAAAACACUGCAUUCAUUAGCUAUUUACUACGCCACUGCAUUGGAUAAUUUGUCUACAACUCCACCGCCCGAAGACGAUGCAACUACUACGCCUGCUUUUGACGCUUACGAGCCGAUCGAAAAUAGUUUACCAGCACUGUUCAGUCGACACACAAUCACAAAGUAUAGCAAUCUUUUCGGAAGCGAUGCUGAUAAGGCUGAACUAUUAGAAGAAAUUAAACUGGACCCUAAUAGUACAUUCAACGACUUAGCAGAAGAUUUAACAUUAGAAAUGAGCCAAGGUCCUCUAGCGACGUCUCCGCAAAUCAGGGAACUAGCGCAGGUAUUUACACAUGCACUUUCAGCCUACUUACAAGAUCCAGUUCAAUUUAGAAAAGUUCUUUCUGAUAUAAGACCAACUCAUCCGUCAUUUGCUGAAAUGUUGAGUAGUAAUGAUGAAGCUAUUAAUACCGAGCCAACGACAACCGUUAAUGAGGACGACCAAGAAAUUUUAGGAUUUUCAGAUGAUCAUAAGGUGAAGGAUCAUAAAAUAUCAGAAAAUUCUGUAAGAGGUGGUAAAGCUUUAAAUAUUGCUACUGAUUAUCCAACUACUGUUGAAGAUUUUACCACUACGACAACUACAGCGGGACCUUCUACAUCAUAUUACUCAACAACACCAAGAAGUCCAUUCAGAUGUUGUGGAAGAAUUUCGGCUUCUUAUACCACAGCCCCGACGCCCAGACAAUAUUACUCCACUGUGAAUGCGAAUAAGGCAGCUGUAAAGGUUAACUUAUUAGCAGUAGCUAAUCAUAAUGAAGAUACCUCAACUACAGAAAAUUAUACACCCUUUAGAAAUGAAAGAUUGCAGAAUACCAAAUUUGUUUCACGCUUCGGAAAACCCAUUAGUCCGUUUGACAUUACACCUUCAACUGAUUAUACAGAAAUAACAACAUUACCUACUGCUUGGGGUGGAGAAGCUUUCGAUUCCACGUUGGCUCCUAUUACUAAUUCUCAUCAAAUGUUUGAAAGUAAAAAGAUCAAAUCAACUCAAAGUGUGACGGACCCCACGCCAGUUUACUUCACUGUAACGGAUAGUAUUGAUAGCGUUGAGUUAGAGAAUGAAGAGGAACUGCAAAGAGCGCACAGCCAGUCAUUUGUAUCACCCCAGAGCAACGGGUUAAGACAGGGAAAACAACUUAAGGAUGAUCAGAAAGUAGUAAGGAAACCUUCCGAAGACUUAGAAGCACCAACACAAGAUGGCAUCGAUAUCACAACAACUACAGUACAGCCUUCAACCACUCAACCAACCACCACUCUUCGAGACCAAACCGAAGCUUUAACAACUGUAACUCCUAUAUCAAGUAGUGUGUUCACAUCUCCUGAUAUAGAUAAAUCAACGAAUGAUUUCCAAUGGCCUACAACUUUUGGAAAUUGGCACAGUACAAUCCUCGACCCUAUAACUCUAAACGAUGGUUUAAGUGUGACAGGUCCAGAAGAAGGCGUAUCUGAAACAUCUCAACAAACCAACGGAUGGACUCUUGAUACUGCUACUACACCAACCACUUAUUCGACGACGACCGAUCCGACUGUUUCAUCAACAACAAAUAUUGAAAUAACGUCGACUGAUAAACAAAAUGAACGUUUUGGUAAACUUUUAAGAGAAUCGACGUCAACAGAACCUGCGCAAGAUUUGUCAACAGUAACAGACACUAUAGUAGAAAAAGCAAAAGAAAUAAUGGAAGGGAUGAAUGCCACAACGACCCAAAAACUAAUGAAUGUAAUGAAGAAAACAAAAUCAAAAAGCGUAAAACGGUUAAUACUACUUUUGGUACAAACUUGCGAUGAUGAUCAUAAUUCGACUGCUGAAGCAUCCAAAAAAGCUUUAUUAGAAGCAUUAAUGGCAGUAUCACCUAAAGAUAUGGACGAAAUUGCUAAAGAAGAGGAAGCAACUGAGACACCAGUUACAAUACCUGAUACUGACUUUGUUAAGACGACAUUAUACCAACGUCGAAUGGACAGAAUACCAAUGCAAGCCGUAGCGAGACGAGGCAAAAGUUUGAAUGUGGACGUCGAAGCUAUUAACUCUUUAUCGAAUCCUACGACUGUUCAACCGACAACAAUAACAACUGAAAGUAUUAAGACUGAAGAAACGACCGAGUAUACGACUUUUAGCACAGUAAGGCCUACUCUAGCAAGUCGCAGGGGUGGAAGGAAGUUUAUGCCAAAAACUACAGAAGUGGAACAAACUAGCACGACAAUAGCUGACCGACCUAUCGCAGAAGCCCGGCUCCCAGCUCAGAUCGAGCUGAAACCUCAAUCAGAUACAAGAGCGUUAGAAUUACUAAGAUCUUUAUACACUAUCGCAGCGCGAUGGGGAUAG